GCGCUCAGCUGCUUCCGUAGUUUGCUCGGUCACCUGACCACCAUGCACGCCGAGCUAUGUCUUCUGCUCGGAUGCUACAAUCUGGAUACCUCUGAAGGGCGAGUCGUUACUCCAGCCCAUCUUCGUCUCCGCCACUUGCUGAUGCUUAUCAUCUUCUUUCUGGUAGAUGGUCUGCGUGAACUGCUUGACAGAGAUCGCCUCGACUUCCAUGCAUGGCCCCGACCGAUCUACCUGCAAGUGCUACUCGGACUUUGCACCCUCGAGGCCUGUCUGCCGGCCUUUCUAAUGACGGAAGAGACGAAGCGCCUGUUCGCCCAACUGACCUCUGGGCGGGCCAGCAACGAAGAACUCCAGUGA